UGUCCGCGCCAUUCCUACAAGCGUGUGUUUCCAUCUCUGUCUAGAUUGCUGCUGCCAGUGCUUUAGCAACCAGUGCAUCAAGCACAGACUCUGUUUUCUGAAGGCAUUCUUUCAGAUAUAUCCAGCUAUGGAUAUAGACAGUGCCAGUUCAGUGGUGCUGCAGGCCUUAACCCAAGCUACCAGUCAAGACACAGCUGUUCUGAAGCCGGCGGAGGAGCAGCUUCGCCAGUGGGAGACUCAACCAGGCUUCUACUCGGUUCUUCUGAAUAUCUUCAACAACCACAUGCUGGAUGUGAACGUCAGGUGGCUGGCUGUGCUGUACUUCAAAAAUGGUAUUGACAGAUACUGGAGGAGAGUAGCGCCUCACGCGUUAUCAGAGGAGGAGAAGACAUCGUUGCGGGCUGGUCUCAUCACAAACUUCAAUGAGCCUGUCAAUCAGAUAGCAACCCAGAUCGCGGUACUGAUAGCCAAGGUGGCCCGUCUGGACUGCCCCAGGCAGUGGCCGGAGCUCAUCCCCAUUCUGCUGGAGUCCGUGAAGGGUCAGGAUGGCCUGCAGCAGCACAGAGCUCUGCUAACCUUCUAUCAUGUCACCAAAACCCUAGCGUCCAAGCGUCUGGCACAGGACAGACGACUUUUCCAGGAUCUGGCGUCCGGCAUCUACAGCUUUGCAUGCUCCCUGUGGAGCCAUCACACGGAUUGCUUCCUCCAGCAGAUCUACGCCAGAGAUGAGGCUGCGGCACUAAGCUCACUGGAAAGGACACUGCUCUCCCUUAAAGUGCUUCGCAAGUUGACAGUCCACGGAUUUCAAGAGCCGCAGCAGAAUAUGGAAGUGAUGGGUUUCCUGAAUGCAGUGUUUGAAAGGCUAAAACAGUUCUUGGAAUGCUGUCGCCAGGUUGGUCCAGAGAGCACAUGCAGAGAAAAGCUGGAAAAGACGAUCAUAUUGUACACUAAAGUUUUGUUAGAUUUCCUGGAGUACCAUCCGUGUGCAUUCAUACCCCUGAUCCAGCGUUCCCUGGAAUUCGCUGUCAGCUACGUUUUCACCCCGGCGGGGGAGGGCGUGACCUUUGAGCGUUUCAUCGUUCAGUGCAUGAACCUUAUCAAGAUGAUUGUGAAGAAUGACGCCUACAAGCCUUCCAAGAACAUUGACGAAAGCAAACCAGAGAGUCUGGAGGCUCACAGAAUCAAGACGGCGUUCUUCACACACCCUACGCUGACUGAGAUCGGGCGCAGGCUGGUCUCGCACUACUUCCUUCUUACAGAGGAAGAGCUGGCCAUGUGGGAGGAGGACCCCGAGAGCUUUGCUGUUGAAGAAACAGGUGGCGACUCCUGGAAAUACAGUCUGCGGCCUUGUACGGAGGUGCUGUUCCUGGACAUUUUCCACAACUACAGCCAGACCUUGACACCGGUGCUGCUGGAUAUGGUUCAGAAUCUCCAGGGUCCGUCCAAUGUAGAAGACCCUGUUCAGCUGAUAAUGAAGGAUGCAGUGUACAAUGCUGUGGGACUGGCAGCCUACGAGUUGUUUGAUAACGUGGACUUCGACCAGUGGUUCAAGAAUCAACUUCUCGGAGAGCUGCAGGUCAACCAUCACAGGUACAAGCUGAUUCGCAGACGAGUCAUCUGGCUCAUAGGACAGUGGAUCUCUGUCAAGUUCAAGUCCGACCUCCGACCUUUGCUCUACGAGGUCAUCCUGAGCCUCAUGCAGGAUCCCGACUUGGUGGUGCGGAUUGAGACUGCCACAACCCUCAAACUCACCGUCGAUGACUUUGAGUUCCGGACAGAACAGUUCCUCCCAUAUCUCGAGUCCAUCUUUGGGCUCCUCUUCCAGCUGCUGCAGCAGGUGACAGAGUGCGACACCAAAAUGCAGGUGCUCCAUGUCAUCUCUUGCGUCAUUGAGAGAGUGAACAUCCAGAUCCGACCGUACGUAGGCUGUUUGGUUCAGUACCUGCCCCUGCUCUGGAAGCAGUCUGAGGAACACAACAUGCUUCGAUGUGCCAUACUCACCACGCUCGUCCACCUGGUACAGGGGCUCGGGGCAGAGAGUAAGAACCUGUACCCAUUCCUUCUUCCUGUCAUCCAGUUGAGCACCGAUGUGUCCCAGCCGCCACAUGUGUACUUGCUGGAGGAUGGCCUGGAGCUUUGGUUGGUAACUUUGGAGAACAGCCCAGCCAUCACCCCGGAGCUGCUGAGAAUUUUCCAGAACAUGUCAGCUUUGCUGGAGAUGAGCUCAGAGAACCUGCGUACCUGCCUUCAGAUCGUUAAUGCCUACAUAUACUUGUCUGCCACGGAGUUCCUUCAGAACUAUGCAGAGUCAUUGUGCUGUUCCUUUUGCGAUCUACUGAAAGACAUCACGAAUGAGGGACAGGUCCAAUUGCUCAAGGUGGUGGAGAUAGCUUUAAAGGUUAGCCCCAUACUGGGAGCCCACAUGUUUCAGCCCCUGCUGCCUGCAGUCUUCAGAGGCAUCGUGGAUGGCGAGAGGUAUCCCGUGGUGAUGUCCACCUACCUGGGCAUCAUGGGUCGCGUCCUUCUCCAGAACGCCAGUUUCUUCUCCUCGUUGCUCACUCAAAUGGCCUCCGAGUGCAGCCAGGAGACGGACCAGUUGUUGGGCAGUGUCAUCGAGAUGUGGGUCGACCGCAUGGACAACAUCACGCAGCCCGAGAGGAGGAAGCUGUCGUCGCUGGCUCUGCUCUCCCUCCUGCCGUCUGACAACAGCGUGAUCCAGGACAAGUUCUGCGGCAUCAUCAACAUCAGCGUUGAGGCACUGCACGACGUGAUGACGGAAGACCCAGAAACGGGAACCUACAAAGACUGCAUGCUGAUGAGCCACUUUGAGGAGCCCAAGCUAAGCGACGAUGAGGAGCCGCCGACCGAGCAGGACAAGAGGAAGAAACUGCUGGCUCUGGAGGACCCGGUGCACAGCGUUUCUCUACAGCAGUUCGUCUAUGAGAAGCUCAAGGCGCAGCAGGCCAUGAUGGGGGAUCAGGGCUUCGGGGUCCUGAUGGAGACGGUGGACACAGAGCUCGUCAGGCAGCUCCAGGAGUUCCUCCAAGGCCUCUGAAUUACAUCCACAGCCCCUCACUACCUUACACAAAAAAAAAGUCUUUGCCUAAUGCUACCUUCUACCCCGUUUUUUGAAAAUGUGCUGGAAAGGCUAACAAUCUGCCCGACAUGUCGACCUUCCCAACGUCUGCCCAUGCUAUGCCUUAUCUAUAUUCAGACCUAGCCUUGUCGCUAACACCCCACGCCCUUUUCUGUAUUGUCUAGUUUCCUUUUUUUUUGAUAUAUGUAUAUAUAUAACGAUGGAGUUUCUGUGGGUGCUUAGAGAAUGUCGAAAUCCCCCCGCAUUUUUAAAACACCCACAUGAAAACAUCACCACACUAGAGCUUCCAUUCUACUCUUCUAGUUUCUUCACUUUCUGUGGUUUUGACAUGAAACGGGAGGAAAAGUGGAGGAGUGUUAUAAAUGUCGGGAGGGUUGGGGAGCGUAAAGCAAAAAUCAGCCAGAACCUCGGACUAUUUUCUACGGAAAAACUUACAGAUUGUAGCAGGAACGUGGAUUAAACCAAACCCGAAGGACCUAAAGCAGUGUUUACAGAAUCUAUUCUUAAAAGAGUUAAAAAAAAAAAAGAAAAAAAAAAAAGAAAUGUAAUUUUGUACGUAUGUAAAGUAUGGAUGAUAUUCUGCAUGGCAAUAUUCUGAUUUUAGUUUGUUUUACUUUUUCUUUUUUUUUAAAAUAUAUGAUUUUGUCAUAACCAGAGGUCAAGUUGAAGUAACUACUGAGAAAACGCAAAAAAAGUGUUUUUCUUUCUUUUUAAGUUGGAUUUAUUUUUCGGUAAAAUGAGGGGAGGGGGGAGUAUGGGGGGGAGGGAUUUUUAAAAUGGUUGAUUUGUAAGAGUGCUGAACCACAUUUAUAUGUAUAUACAUACUGCUGCUAACUGAUGGUGUGUCGGAGCACUUUAAUAACCAAAAAACUGUUUCACGAUAAUUUUUUUGUUUGUUUCAUAUUCUCACAUCAGUAUACUGAAACAGUGGCAGAAGGAUUGUGCAAAUUAGACUGCAGUUAGGAGACCCGCAUCUUAAAGUGUUGCCAUUUUUCAUAUCUCUGUUUUAUCAUGCACGACGUACACACUUGUUGCUCAUGUUUUGUGUCGCUAGGUUGAGUUUAAUUUGAAAGUACCUGACUAUAUGUGGCUGUUAAAAAGUCACACUGUGAGUCUUUGUGUCGUGAAAUCGAUCAGUCUUAGAGAAAGUUGUGUGUGGCUGUUUUGCUGCCAUGACCCUUUUUUUUCCAGAUUUUUUUAUUUAGCAGUAGACAUGAAGCUUUGAUAUGUUUGGUUUGACAAAAGAAACAUUUUUUUUGGAAGUUGGGCAAACACGUUAUGAAGAAAGGUAAUAAGUGCAUAUUUGCACUUCUUUAACUGUUAAAUAGAAAAAAAUUAUAUGACACAUGGACCUAUUUCAGGUAGAAUAUGAAAUAAGGUUUUAAAAUAUAUAUAUAUAUGUUUUGGUCAUUUAAAAAUAAUUUAGAGGAAAAGUGGUUUGAUUUUGGUCUGCCUUUAGUAUCGGAUUCACAUGGAUUUCUCGCUCUCAUUAGGUUAGACAGCCUCCAUGGGGGCGAGAUGACACUGACACUAGCUCCUUUGACACUGUGAUAGAGUUCAGUAGCAGUCAGAGUUACAGCCUUAUGCUUUCAGCCUUACCUAUCCUUGAAACACACACACCACACACACACACACACAGAAACUUUACAAUUUAUGUUCACUUCUUGGCUUGUUUGACAGUAUCAGAUUUCUUUACUUGUUCUCUGUUAAUGACGGCAAUUAUGGAGUUUUGAAAACCACAUGCAGUAGAUGGAUUUGUGGGAUUAUUCAUUUGGAUUUGGUUAUGUUUUGAUGGGAAGUAAUUCUUGUUGCUUUUUGCAAAGCCUUCAAUAAAUUGCAGUUAUCAGCCA